GUGUCCAGAGCUGACAGAGUCGAAUCCGUGGCAGCAGCAGCAGCAGCGGCGGCGGCAGCAGCGGGGAUGGUUUAACUCCACAACUUCAGCCUGUCUGCGGCCGGUUCCCCCCCGCGUGGGUCGGUGGGUGAGUCCGCGCGCCCUGAGGUCCGGGACUAGGAGCCGGUGACGGACAUGAAGGAGGAAACGCGCGGCGGAAGUCACACCGACUCGGACUGAGUGGGAGACUCCGGCGGCGCGUGGAUUUUGGCUCAUCCUGUCCUGUGAUUUCUGAUGGCAGCGGAGCGUGGCGUGGCUGCCCCCGGAGACACGCGGAGCAGGCGCAGCGAGCUGCAGUGAAAUGGAGCUGCUGGCCGGACGCGUGUGACCGGACAUGGAGGCUUUGGGUGAAGUCAACGCCACGCAGGAGGAGCUCCACUUCCUGCCCCCGCCUGACGGCGACCCCAACAACCUCGGUUACCAUGACUACCCCCCAAACAUCGGCAUCCUCCCCCCGGUUCUGCCAGCCGGAUUCGAGGGAGUGAAUUUUCCAGAAGACCCCAUCCGACUGCUGAGCGUUCAGGUGGUGUUGAUCUUGGCCUACAGCACCAUCAUCGGGCUGGGGGUUCUGGGUAACUCGCUGGUCAUCUACGUCAUCUAUCGCUUCAAGACACUGCGGACCGUCACCAACUUCUUCAUCGCUAAUUUGGCCGUUGCCGACCUGCUGGUCAACACGCUGUGCCUCCCCUUCACGCUGGUCUACACGCUGCAGGGGGAGUGGAAGUUCGGCAGCACGCUCUGCUUCCUGCUGCCCUACGCCCAGGUCCUCGCCGUGCACGUUUCCACGGUGACGCUCAACGUCAUCGCCCUGGACCGCCACAGGUGCAUCGUGUACCACCUGGAGACCAGGAUGAGGAAGGAUGUGUGCUUCGGGGUGAUAGCGCUGACCUGGGUGCUGAGCGCCGUCCUGGCCAGCCCCAUGGCCAUCUUCAGAGAGUACGGCUCGUUUGUGCUGGACCCCGGCCACACCUUACAGUUCUGUCGGGAGAAGUGGCCCGGUAAAGGUACGGACGGUACGCUCUACAGCAUCUCCAUGCUGAUCCUGCAGUACUUCCUGCCGCUGUCCAUCAUCUCCUUCGCCUACGCCCGCAUCUGGUCCAAACUGCGCGGCCACGUCAGCCCGGCGGAGAGCGGCGUCAGCAGCAGCGCCAGCUCCGAGCGACACCGCCGCCGCCGCAAAACCACCAAGAUGCUGGUGACCAUGGUGGUGGUGUUCGCCGUCUGCUGGCUGCCCAUCCACGCCUUCCAGCUGGCCACCGACAUCGACAGCUCCGUGCUGGACAUGCGCGACUACCGCCUGCUCUACACCAUAUUCCACGUCAUCGCCAUGUGCUCCACCUUCGCCAACCCGCUGCUGUACGGCUGGAUGAACCGCAACUACCGCGCCGCCUUCCUCGCCGUAUUCAAGUGUCGCAGAGACCGCGGGCGGGGCGGCCGCUUGGACAGCAUCCACCCCGUCGGCGGAGGGGCAGCCGGCGCAGCGAGGGCGAAGAAGAUCGUCCUGGAGACGCAAGACCCGGUCUCCACGCACCUGAACGCCACCGACGUGUGACGACCGCUCACUGGAAGACGGAGAAAAGACGGACGGAGACGAUGGAGGGAGUUCCUCGGGGGAUUAAAAGUUUUUAUUAGCCGGAAACAGAGGAGGACAUGGAAAUGGUGGAGGAUUAGAGGGAGAGUGACAGAAGAACAGCGAGAGAAUGAAUGACUCAGAGUGGUGGAACAACUGAAGCGGCGUCUCUUUGAAGACGUGACCUCGACAUGAUGGAGAACUCCCAAACGAGGAGGAGGAGGAGGAGGAAGAGGCAUCGGUUCAAGUCAAAUUCAUCUCCAUCAGACAAGUUCAUGAGUGAAACAGUUCAGCUUGGUGAUGCAGUCUGGGAACAGGGCUGAACUCUGCAUGUGAAGCAUUCAUUAAACCUCCAGUGGCUUAUUAAAGUCCCGCAGCAAUCAGGCUGCUUCCCGCCGCAGGAGAAACACGCAGCCUCUGCGUCUGAUACGGGAAGGCAGGUCAAAUUUAGACGGAUUACGUUGAGAGAAGGGUUUUGUUUUUUAGACGGAGGAGGAGAAACAAAAUGUUUGUGUGAUUAAGAUAAAUGGGUUUAAAAUAAAAUGAGCUGGAAAGGAUCCCUGCUUUCUGCCAACACAUGAAUGUUCAACCAGACUGAGGCUUACGUGGCUCAUCCAGUCACAACUUCAUUGUUUUUCAUAAAAUGUUCUGCUAAUUUCUGCUGUAAAUUUGUGAUUCGGUCCGGCUUGUUGAAGAAACGUGAGCGCCGGAGUGUUUUUUAUUAUUUCCAGUUUUUGAAAAUGUUUGUGUUUUUAGUGCAGAGCUGAUUCAUAUGCAUGGCUGGCCGACCUUGACGUUACCGAGACACAGGCAGCUGGAAGAGGGACAGGAAAUAAAACUUCUCUUGAUCUCACAGGAUCAUUUCUGUCGAUUUUCAGUUAUUUUUUCGACUUCCUGUUUUGAUCCUGUUGUUAACAUUCAGGUGAGGCAGAGGAACAACAUUUUAACAUUUUUUGUUUUUUUUCCUAAAAGAUCCAGAUGGUUGGACAAUAUUAACCUCCUGCGUUUUCUGCAGCUUAUUGAGAUUUUUCCCCGUUGUAUCGAUCAAGAACUCCUGAUUUGUAACAUUUCAAAAUAAUGUCAUCAGUUUUCUAUUUAUUCCAAAAAAUUAUUAAAAUGAUUAAAUUAUUAUUAAUUAUUAAAGUCGGGAUGUGUAAGGCAUCUUAAAAUAGAUUAGUUUAUUUUUAAUGUGGUGACACAUUCUAGCACUGAAACAUUGAGAAAAGUCCCUUUAAAAGAGAACCAGGCCCGCAGCAUUACACAUCCUCCUCCCUGCUAAGCAGUGGCUAUGAACACCAGUUAAAUCAAAUUAGUUUUUUGUUUCAAACCUGACGUGUUUUUUGCAAAUAUUCCACCAGUUAAAGUUUAUAACUUGGCAGAAAUUACGCCCACAAGAUCAAGUAAAAUAAAUUAUUUCAGAAAAUAAUGACACAAAUAUGUAAAUAAUUUCCCAAACAUUUUUUUUUAAACACCAUAAAGUAUUAAAAUAAUAGCAAAAUAUUUUUCUCGAUCUUGACCCUCUUAAUAUCUACAACCCCAAAUAAAUUAUUGCAAAAAAUAAAAUAAAAAAACCUUAAUAUCAAGAUUGGUGAUUAUGAAAAAGUGACGCCUAAAUAUUAAUGAAUGUGACCUUCAUUCGUUGUUCAGACGAGACAUCAGAGGAAUUUUAAUGGGUUUGAAUCGGACCUGAUGAUGAUGAUGGUGAUGUUUUCCUUAAUAAUCUUCAUCAUUGCUGCACACAAAACCACAGCUUCCUGCCUGAGUUUUAAUUUCUAAACGGUGCUCGCUCCAUCGUUCAAAAUGUAAUCAACAAAUGGAUUUAAUUAUGAGUUGAAACGUUAAUGGCUCCAUUAGUCAUGGAUGGAUAAAACAUAAAAACAUGAAGGAGUGAAAUCAGUGAUUCAGAUGAUAAACUAAUCAGAAACAAAAGAGGGAAAUAAAAGAAAAGUUCAGUUCAGGGGACCAGAACAAAAAAAAAAAAAAUCUGAAUCGAAUUAUUUUCCUGAACUCAUCUUUUCAUUUUCACUCCUUUGUGUUUUACAAAUUAUUCUUAUGGAAAGUAAAGAGUCUUCUUGGCUGAAAUAAUUACAUUGUACCACAAAGUGCUUUAGUUUAAAAUUUACUUUAAAUAAAAUAAAAUAAAAUGUAAUUUUUUUUGAUUUAAUGAAAGAAAAAGUUUUAAAUUUUUUUGCUCAUUUUUAGUUCCUUGAGCCUUUGAUGUUAAACCUUUGUCUUUAUUAAGAUGUUGUUUUUAUUGAAUCCUUUAAAGCACAAUUUCACAAAAAAGAGGAAACCCUGUGAUUACAUGAAUAUUUACUAUGAAUAUUAUAAAUAAAAAUAAUUUCAAGACUGCCAAAGCAUUUACUUAUACUCUAUGUAAUGUUGAGAUGAUUCAUUACUGCAAAAAUGCAAAAAAAUAAUAUUUCCCAGAUCUAAAGAAUAAAUCUAAAAAAUCUCAUCAACCAUUUAUAGAAAUAAUUAUGCUUGGAUAUUUUGUUUCAUCUGUCCUAAAUGUCGCCAAAAUGUCAAAAGUUAAGGAAAGCAGCAACUAUAAGUUGGCGAUAUUAACUUAAAAUUGUAUCACAAUAUUUUGUAAUAUCAUGAUAAUGAUAAAAACUAUUUAUUACGUAUUUUUAGUCUUUUUUAAGUAACUGCAUGGCUGUGACUGCAUGAUACGGCAACCAACAAGUUUAAAUAAAACAUUUUAAACAGGCUUCCUAAGGACACCAAACUGCACAAAAUGACUGAAUUUAACAUAUUUUCAGAUUUAUUGAUACCAUCAUCAGACAAAUAUUGUAGAAAAUAACAAUCUUUUACUUUUACUAUAAUAGUAAAGAUACAAUAAAUUCCCAUCUCCAGCAGAGACAUUUAGUGUUCAACAGAAAUAACAUUUUAUCUGAUGAAUGUUCACAUUGGGGUUAUUUGAAAAUAAAAUCUGAGUUGACAGAAAUCUGAAAACUUUAUUAAUUAAAGCUUCUAAAAGGUUAAAGUCCUGAAAUCUGGUUUAAAGUUUGCCUGUUGUGUCUGUAAGCAGGAGAAUUUGGUCAGAAUCGUCUUUAUUUAUGUUUACAUUUUUAGAAUUUACUGAAGUUAAGAUAAAAAUCCUUUUAUCCUUUUAGCGAUAAAACUGACUUGUAAAGCUAACCUGAUGCAGGUAAUUGGGUCCAUAUUAACACGUUAACCACGUUUCUCUUCUUUCUUCUAUGCUUUUUGUAUAAAAACAUUUACGGUGGCUCUGAAGGGUCAAGAAAACGCAAGAGCUGCAACAGAAGUGAUGCUAAAACAAAAGUUAGCAUCACCGUGGUCGUGACUUUUGGCUGUUGUUUCAUUGUGGCUUUUGUAUUUUGUUGACCCUUCUGGGCCACCGUAAAUAAUGCAGUACAUUUAAUUAUUGUAGUUUUAUUUUAUGUUGCUAUAAUAAAUAUCCUCUCCUUUUUGUUGUUCGUAGAAAGGCUUAUAAACCUUCUUUUGGAUCAGCGUGAAGGACUGGAAGUCCAACUUUUCUCAUUUCUUUUUUAUUCCUGGUUUCGCUCUUGUUUUUAAAGUGAAACGUUUCAUCUUGUCUCUGCAGAUGUGAAAUAUUCUGAGGUUUGUGACAGGACGACCCCAGAUGCUGCUUGACCUUCUACCAGACGUGAAUGUAAACCGCUUUGUAACAUGGCUGUAAUGUUGUAGAGUUCAUUAUAGUAACGUUGUGUGUAAAUAUGAACUGUGUGAGCGACUGUAACCAAGCACAACCUGUUGGCCUUUACUUGUGUCCAACAACAGAUGUACUAUUGUCAAGCACA